UGGUCCCCCUCCAAGCAGAAACUUGUCAGUUAUGUAGUUGUAAUGUAGCCGGUUGUCUCGUCCAUUUUCAUCCAUUUCCACGUUGUUUUGAUUCAGAAUGGUCUCUCUGACAUCUCUGCUGACUUACUCCCGGAGGCUGCUGCCGACACUAAAAACACAGAAUCAUGCAUUUUACACCAAGAGGUCUUUCUUCUUGCCAGGAGCCUUCAAACGUGUAGACGGCAGGUUCCUUGGCUUUGGACGACAGUCCAGCUCCACAGCAGCCACAGCUGCAGAGAAAGACUCUUUUCUUAAAUGGUUCCUGCUGCUCAUCCCUGCCACCACCUUUGGCCUCGGCACAUGGCAGGUGAAAAGGCGUCAGUGGAAAUUGAAGCUGAUUGAUGACCUGACCCGACUCACUACGGCAGAACCCAUUCCUCUUCCUCUUGAUCCUUAUGAGGUUAAUAACCUCGAGUACAGAAGAGUCAAGGUACGUGGAUGUUACGAUCACUCCCAAGAGCUAUACAUUAUGCCCCGCUCACCAGUCGACCCAGAGAGAGAGGCCAGAGAAGCAGGAAGGCUCUCUUCAAGUGCAGAGACCGGCGCUAAUGUCAUCACCCCAUUCCACUGUACCGACCUCGGCAUCACAAUCCUGGUGAACAGAGGAUUCGUGCCAAGGCAGAAAAUAAGACCAGAGACCAGGAUGAAGGGACAGGUGGAGGAUGAGGUGGAGUUGGUGGGAGUGGUCAGACUGACAGAGAAUCGUAAACCCUUUGUACCAAACAAUGACGUGGAGAGAAACCGCUGGCAUUACCGUGACCUGGAAGCGAUGGCACAAGUCACUGGAGCCGCACCCAUCUUCAUUGAUGCCGACUUUGGUAGCACUAUUCCUGGUGGGCCAAUAGGUGGACAGACCAGGGUCACACUGAGGAAUGAACACAUGCAGUACAUAAUAACAUGGUAUGGUUUGUGUGCAGCUACUUCCUACAUGUGGUAUGCAAAGUUCAUCAAGAGGAUUUAAAGCAAUAAAAUUAUUUUACUUGAAUGAUGGGUUUGUGCUUAACUUGUAGCUCCAGCCUGGUACAUAUAUUAUGUAAAUAGCUUCAUGUGUAAAUAAAGUACUCAAGAUCGGGGA